UCUCAGGAUUCAUUUUGGAGCGGAUUCUUCAGGAUGAGCAUGCUGGGUGCCCCCAGUCUCUUGGAACUGGCAGGUCAGAGCCUGCUGAGGAACAAGGCCUUGGCCAUCGCCUCUUUGGAUAUGCUGCCCACGGAGCUUUUCCCGCCACUGUUCACUGCAGCCUUUGCCGGAAGACACAUUGAGGUCCUGAAAGCAAUGGUACAGGCCUGGCCCUUUGCCUGUCUCCCUCUGGGGGCUCUGAUGAAGGACCAGCAGCCUCACCAAGAGACUUUCCAAGCUGCACUUGAUGGACUUGAUGUCCUGCUUAUCCAGGAUGUCCGCCCCAGGAGGUGGAAACUAAAAGUGUUGGAUUUACGGAAGAAUGCUCAUCAGGACUUUUGGAGUGUGUGGUCUGGAUCCAGGAUCAGUGUGUAUUCAUUUUUGGAGCCAGAGGUGGUCCAACCUCUGAGAAAGAGACGAAAAGUAGGGACAGAGCAGAGGCAGCCCUUGGCUUCAAUAGAGGUGCUUAUAGACCUUUGCCUCAAAGAAGGCGCCAACGACAAGUCCCUCACUUACCUCUUUCGGAAAGUCAAGCAGAGGAAAGGCUUACUCCACCUGUCGUGUAAGAAACUGAAGAUUUUUGCUGUGCCAAUGCAAAGCAUUAGGAAGAUCCUGAGAAUGGUGCAGCUGAAUUCAGUCCAGGAUCUGGAAGUAAAUUGCACCUGGAAACUGUCCACCCUGGGGAAGUUUGCUCCAUACUUAGGCCAGAUGAUCAACCUGCGCAGGUUCCUCCUCUCCCAUAUCCACUUGUUCUCCCACACCGACCUGGCAAAGGAGGAGGAAUGUGUGAGCCAUUUCACCUCUCAGUUCCUCAGUCUGCAACACCUUCAGGAACUCUAUUUGGACUCUAUCUCCUUCCUUGAAGGCCGCCUGGGCCAGAUAGUCAGGUGUCUCCAGAGCCCCCUGGAGACUCUGUCAAUAACAAAUUGCCUGCUCUCCGAAUCAGACAUGUUUCAUCUGUCCCAUGACUUAAAUGUCAGUCAGUUGAGAGACCUGAGUCUUAGCGGUGUCAACCUGAACUGUGUAGAUCCUCAGUAUCUCCAAGUUCUGAUAGAGAGAGCCUCCGCCAGCCUCCUGGACCUGGACCUGGAUGAGUGUGGGAUCGUGGAUGAAGUGUUCACUAUUAUCUUGCCUGCUCUGGGCCAGUGCUCACAGCUCACCACCCUUAGCUUCUGUGGAAAUCCCAUCUCCAUGUCUGUUCUGGAGAACCUGCUGUGCCAUAUCAUCAGGAUGAGCAAGCUGAGUCACGUGCUGUACCCAGCCCCUCUGGAGAGUUAUGAGGAUGCCCGCGGUACCCUUCACCUGGGCAGACUCGCUCAUCUGCAUACCAGACUGAAGCAGAUGCUGCAGGAUUUGGGGAGGCCUGGCAUGAUCUGGUUCAGUGCCAACCCUUGUCCUCACUGUGGCGACAGGACAUUUUAUGACCCAGAGCCCAUUCUGUGCCCCUGUUACAUGCCUGCCUAGCAGUACACACUCCCUUAGGUUUGAUUCUGGGUGUUCAGAUACUGAAACCCAGACACAACUGCUUCUUGAAGAAAUAUAGGACACAUAGUUUCAGACAUUUAAGUUUCAUUGUGACUGAGGCAAAGUGGUAGAGCAAUGUUGAUUUAGUGAGUUGGUGGUUUCUUUAAAGACAUGCAACUUUUAGUGUUGAAAACAACACUGAUUUCUCAAGGAUAUUUGGACUUUGCGUCAGUUAUUCCCAUGUGGAUAGUUGUUAAGAAAAAUGUUCAUAAAUUUAAAAAGUAAUAAAAAAAAAAAACCUCAGU